AUGCCAAAUUCAACCUUUGCUCGCAUACAGUGGGAUGAAAACAUUAUAUCGGAUGUUUAUACAUCGGGAUUGGGUGGGGGCACAUCAAUUCCAUGCACGCGAAGAAUCCAAAUACUGGAUGGCAAUUCUUACCUCGAGAAGGUGCUGUGGCCAAAUUUCGACGCUCGAGAAGCCUCAGUCGUGCAUGUGCUAUCUAUCAUCAUAAUGGCAAAUGAAAAAUUUCGAGAAAACCUGAGCGUGUGGACCAUCUUCCAUGCGCCAGGACCUGAAAGUUUCGCUUCCCUCUUCAAUCGUGUUAUCACAUUAGACGAGGGCGCCAAUCUUACCUUGAUCGAGAAAACGGCUCGUGUAAUAUUUCUCAUUAACGCGAUGCAAUCUCUUGAAGAUGAGUUGCUUCGAAAGACGAUACUUCCCCUUGUCGGCCUGACUCAAUGGGUCAAUUUAUCACCCGGGCGACUUCAGUUGGAGCUCAGCAAAAACGCUUAUGUUGAAAAGCACUGGAGAUACAUGAUGAAGAAAGAGGCGAAAACGGCAAAUCAGGCGACAGAGUCACAUACGAGAGAUUUCACGCCUCUAAACGCGCGCAUUGAAGUUACAUGGCUCUCUUCACUUGUACAAGACUUUUUCGAGGUCGGUGCAAGCAUUAAAUGUUCAGAGCAUGAUGAUCCAAUCAAAGAGCAAGGGCCUGCACAUGGAAUCCGAUUUUGUGAGCGUUUCUUAGAGCUCGUAAUCGAUCUCCUUUCGCAACUCUCUACUCGGCGCUUUGUACGAACACUACUUGAUGACAAGCAGAUUCUUGUGAAAGCAAUGAUCUUUCCAUUGUACUUUCACUCUGCAGGAGAAUUAUACACGCGACUUGUAGAUCUUCUCCGCUUUUACCUAAAUUUUGAGGUUGACGAUCAUAGUGGCUUGCCGAUGACAGAUGAGGAGGUCAUCGCCGCACAUCACUUUAAAUUACGACAGUUUCAGCAACUUUGCUUCAAGUACAACAAGAAGCUCUGUGCAUUGUCACUGAGCCACUGUGGUGCCAUCGAGAAUCGAAAUGAUUUGAUCAGGCAUCUCGGUGUCCUUGACAUUGAUGAAUUGCACCACCUUGUCACACGGCAACUCAAACUCAUCAGUCCAAACGACCCUAUGUCGAUGGACUCGGAAUUCCUGCUCGAAGUCAUGGUCAAUAUCUUCGAAAAGAGGCGAUCUCAGCGACAGACGGUCAAUGAGUUGCCUCUAUAUCCAAACGAGGAGAUCCUUUCUAAUCGUGAGACGAUCGUGUCAAAUUGUGUCUCAUCUAUAGGAUGUCUUGCGCUCCCGAAGCUAAAUCUCCAAUUUCUCAGUUUUCAUGACUAUCUCCUGCGAAAUUUUAAUCUAAUCCGGCUGGAGGCAACACAUGAAAUUCGUGAGGAUAUUGCAGAUGUCUUACAACGGAUGGGUCCUUACAGAAACGUCAACACUGAUGAGCUAAAAUUCUCUGGAUGGGCCCGGAUGGCUCUUCCAAUAGUCCCUGGGACAGUAGUGAUGACCGAGGUGCAAAGACCUAGAAUUGGUGAAACAAAACCAAGACGAGCUAUAUGCGAGGUCAAACUUGAUUUGAAAAAUGUAAGAGCCGUGGUCAGGGACGAAUGGGAUCAAAUAAAGCGACACGACGUGCUUUUCAUGAUUGCAGUCGGUCAACCCUCCAGUCGAGGCACGAAGGCCCCGCGUGCGGAUGAUCAUGUGGUUGAUAUGAGUCGUGAUCUUGCAGAAUGUUAUGGGGUUAAAUACGUGCGAGGCGCUGAAGUAGUUGAAGUCCGUUGCGGAGAUAGCUGUGUUUAUGAUGAUACGAACGGUUCCUCUUCUCUGGGUGAGACCGGCAAAGUAGCUCGAAGCACUGAGCGCACUUUCGUUUUAUCCCUGGACACUGCGCAGUAUUACCUCGAUAAUUGCAGUCCCAGACACGGUGCAGAGGAAGUAUGCGCUGCUAUGAACGUCCUGAUGCGCCGCAAGCCAAAAGAAAACAACUUUUACUCUGUCCUUGGGUGCAUCAAAGAUUUGAUGAACGGUUGUUCAAUCCCAAAUUGGCUACACGAUACUAUUCUCGGAUAUGGUGACCCAGGAAAAGCACAUCCAGAUGUUAUGAUACCCCGCCAUCGCACGAUAGACUUCCAUGACACUUUCCUAGAUGCAGAGCACAUCCGCGAAAGUUUCCCAGGGCGCAAAAUCAUCUUCACCAGCAGCUGUGAUGCUGCGAGACAGGCUUUCCGGGUAACAUUUUUAAGUGGAAGAACAGAGAGCCUUGAAGUUGAGCCUUACGUGCCGCUUGAUUCUGGACCUUAUCCAGAAAAUGAUCCGUAUGCACAUCGCUUUAAUCACGUUCGAUUCACACCAAGGCAAAUAGAUGCUAUUCGUGCUGGUGUCCAGGAAGGUUUGACACUGAUUAUUGGUCCUCCGGGAACUGGGAAAACUGACACUGCGGCUCAAAUAAUGCACUGCCUAUAUAAAAAUCAACCUGGGCAGAGGACUUUGAUCAUCACUCAUUCCAAUUCGGCACUGAACGAUCUGUUCCAAAAGCUCAUGAAGAGAGACGUUCCUGCGCGGUACUUGCUACGCCUUGGUCAAGGUGAAACAGAUCUUGAGACUGACUUGGAUUUUUCUCGGAUCGGGCGCGUGAAUGCUAUGUUAAAUCGCCGCCUUGAUUUACUCGCUGAGGUAGAGCGCCUUGCCUUAUGUGUUGGCGUCUCAGCGGACGUUGCUUACACUUGUGAGACAGCUUCGCACUUUUGGCUGCUCCAUGUCCUAUCGCGCUGGGAAUCAUUUGAGGUGGACGUGUCAAAUACGAGCAAUCCCGGAUUUGUUAGUGCUCGGUUUCCUUUUACUGCAUUUUUCUCUGAUGCCCCACAACCACUAUUUGAAGGUAAGUCAUUGGAAAUCGACAUGAUCAAGGCGAAGAGAUGCAUGCGAUACAUCCGAAACAUGUUUGAUGAGCUCAAAGAGUGUCGCGCCUUCGAGCUCUUAAAGGGUAUUAGAGAUCGGUCAGAUUACCUGCUCACUACGCAUGCCAAAAUCAUUGCCAUGACAUGCACGCACGCAGCAUUGAAACGUCUUGACUUUAUUCGUCUUCGAUUCAAGUACGAUAGCUUGAUUAUCGAAGAAUCUGCGCAAAUUCUUGAAAUCGAGACCCUGAUCCCGAUGCUUUUGCAAGAUGAAAGUAAAGACAGCAGUCGUCUUAAACGCGUUGUACUGAUUGGUGACCACCGUCAGCUCCCACCCAUCGUGAAAAACUUGGGGUUGAAAACGUAUUGCAAGCUAGACCAGUCUAUGUUCGCUCGGUUUGUUCGCCUAGGAGUCCCAAGUAUAUUGCUCAACGCUCAAGGGCGUGCUAGACCUAGGUUAGCAAGACUUUACAGUUGGUGCUAUGACGAACUUUUUGAUUUACCAUCGACGAGACGUGGUAUUUACGAACAGGAAAAUCCAGGUUUUGCCCAUGAGCUUCAGUUUGUCGACGUGGGUGACUACAAGGGAAGCGGUGAGACGGAACCGACGCCACACUUUUAUCAGAACCUUGGGGAAGCUGAAUAUGUCGUGAGUGUAUUCCAGUAUAUGAGGUUGUUAGGGUACCCCGCAAGCAAAAUAUCUAUCAUUACCACGUAUCGAGGCCAGAAACAUCUGAUUCGUGACAUCAUCGCACGGCGUUGUGCACAUCAUCCGAUGUUCGGGGUCCCGUCCAAAAUAACCACAGUCGACAAGUUUCAGGGGCAGCAGAAUGACUAUGUGCUUCUUUCGCUUGUGCGCACGCGAAGUGUCGGUCACAUGAGGGACAUUAGACGUUUGGUUGUUGCAUUAUCUCGUGCAAGGCUUGGUCUCUAUGUAUUUGGCCGAAUGGGAUUAUUUGAGCGGUGCAUCGAGCUAUCCCAAUCGAUUCAAAAAUUCCUUGAAUUUCCAACGAAGUUAGCAUUGAUGCCGACAGAAUCAUUUCCAUCAGUAAUGAUGCGAACACAGAAGCCUGGCCCUUACCUUGUGGAAGACGUAGUUGCGAUGGGGCAUGUUGUGAACCAACUCGCAGUGAGGCGUGGACUCGGUUAG